AUAUAUAUCGACGUAUUAGUUUUAUCCUGUCCAAGCAAAUGAAAUCAAGUACUACUUUUUGAGUGAUGAAACGUUUCACACGUUUGCUUAUAAAGUACUACAACAUUUUAUUAUUUGGUUUAAACUUGUUUUGGCAAUAGGAGAAUUAUCCUUCCGACUGGAACUCUAAGAUUACAUCGACAGUCAUAGCUCACUCUCAGUGAUGGCUGGGUCUGACUUGUGGGAUUGGCCUAAGAAUGAUAACCGUAGAUUGCUUCAUGCUGUAUAUCAUGUUGGUGACCUUGAACGCACCAUCAAAUUUUAUACUGAAUGUUUGGGGAUGAAGCUUUUGAGGCAAAGGGAUGUUCCGGAGGAGAAGUAUGCCAAUGCUUUUGUUGGAUUUGGCCCUGAACAGUCCCAUUUUGCUGUUGAAUUGACAUAUAAUUAUGGGGUGACUUCUUAUGACAUUGGAGAUGGGUUUGGAUAUUUUGGAAUUGCAACUCAAGAUGUUUACAAAUUGGUUGAGCACAUUAGGUACAAAGGUGGAAACAUCACUAAAGAGGCUGGUCCAGUUGACGGAGGAACAACUGUUACUGCCUUUGUGAAGGAUCCUGAUGGCUACACUUUUGCACUUAUUCAAAAACCUGUAGUUAAUGACCCUUUUUGUCAAAUAAUGCUUCGUAUUGGUGAUUUAGACCGCGAAAUCAAGUUUUAUGAAAAGGCUUUGGGCUUGAAGGUGGUGAGGAAGGUUGAUAAUCCUGAGAAAAAGUACACUAAAGCUAUACUUGGGUACGCAGAGGAGAACGAAACAACUGUGUUGGAGUUGACAUAUAAUUAUGGUGUGACGGAAUACUCUAAGGGAAAUGGUUAUGCACAGAUUGCUAUUGGUACCGAUGAUGUAUACAAGAGCGCCGAUGUAGUUAAGCUAGUGAUAGAAGAGCUUGGAGGUGAGAUCACUCAGCAACCAGGACCACCUCCUGGCCUUAACACAAAAGUCACUUCUUUUUUAGACCCGGAAGGAUGGAAAACUGCGCUUGUUGACAAUGAAGAUUUUCUGAAGGAACUGGAGUGAAGAACUAGUGGCAUUAGACUAGUGCUUUUGUGGGAAUAAAUUGUCUUCGCAAUAUUGAUCUUUCAUGUGCUUCUGUAAUCUAUUUUCAAGUACACUUAAAACUUCCUUUUCCAUUCUAUCUAUCUACUACUAUUAAUCUACUGAUUUAGUAUAUGAUUUUAUCACAUACUUGAGUA